AUGGCUGCCGGUCGGGACGGGAGGGCUGGUCCUUUGCCUGAUAUCAUGAAUGACCCUGCCUUUGCCACAAACACAGCGUCCAACAAACGAAGCGUGGACGAAUAUGACACUUGUCGAAUAUGUCGCGGCGAAGGCACCGAGGAGGAGCAGCUCUAUUAUCCGUGCAAAUGUAGCGGGAGCAUCAAAUUCGUCCACCAAGACUGUCUGAUGCAGUGGCUAUCCCAUUCGCAAAAGAAGUACUGCGAGCUUUGCAAGACGCCCUUCAGAUUUACAAAACUUUACGAUCCAAAUAUGCCGCAGGAGCUACCCGCGCCAGUCUUCCUCAAAGAACUCAUUCUUCAGGGUGGCCGGUCAUUACUUACAUGGCUACGCUUCGUCCUGGUUGCUUUCGUAUGGCUAGGGUGGCUCCCAUGGUCCAUGAGAGCUAUCUGGCGAGGUCUGUUUUGGUUAGCUGAUGGGCGUUGGCCAAACCCUGAAUUCUACCACGCCUCGCGUGUGCCUCCAGCAAGCCGGGCCCUCGAUCAGCUUGCCGCCCGCGGAACGUCUCCUGCCAACACACUCACAUCAAACAACCUCUCUACGGGGUUAGGGCAACAGAAUACGCCUACACUUCCACUCUUCAUCUCACCAUUUUCCGCCAUGCUCAACUUUUCAGCUGGCGAGCCCUUGAUAUACACCAUCAUGAAGAAGCUUCUAUGGGGCACCUGGGCAACAACGACUUCACCCGUAUUCGAGGCCGUAGGCUCAAACUCGACGAAUACAACAAGCGCGUCUAUUCGACGGUUUCGCCAACCAUCCUGGCUUUCAGACGUUUCCUUUUUAAACAACUUGACCCCGUACUCCACCCUGAAUAAUAUUUUAAUAGAUACUUUCGAAGGACAGAUAAUUACCCUUUCUGUUGUUAUUGCUUUUAUUCUUGUAUUUUUGAUUAGAGAAUGGGUGGUGCAGCAACAACCUGUGAUCAAUCUUGCUGAGGCAGAUCGAGAAGCAGUUGCUCAGCUUGUUGUCGAUGCUGUAGCGAAUCACCCUGCUGGCCAGCAACGACCAGAUCCUGUUGGGCAUGCCCAUAAUGAGGCAGCCCAUGACGAACCGAACGAAGAACUAAAUCAAGAAGAAAACCAAGAAGUACAUCCAGAAGAAAAUCAAGAUAUACUUGGACACCGGGACACCGGAUUUCCAGAUUGGGGCCAUCCUCAACCGAUCGAGACGCCUCUAUCAUCGGUCCAACAUCCUUAUCGCACCACGGACAACUUUGAAUCACAUAGCCAACAUUGGUCUUCAGAGGUUGAAAGCAAUUCGAGCCACGUCCAUGAAGAAGACAAUAUUCCCGAGCACCCCUCCACGACCCGCGAAGCCAAUGACGAAAUAGUGGCAAAUUCUGACAGUCAUGGCAAUGCACAGUGGCCUGGUCUUGAUGUGUUCAAAGACUUGUGGACGCGUGGUGGGAGAAAUCCAACAGAAAUAUUAAAAUUAAUCGAGGAAGAAGGACGUCAAGAAGAGCUGGCCUGGGUAAUUGCAGCAAUGCAAAAAUUAGAGCGUGUGGGUGAACAGGGAUUCAAAUUCGGCGAAGUGUCUGCAAGAGAUGUGCAGGAAAACAACGAAGGGCUUGCUUCAGCCCCCAACGGUUCGAUUGAUGCGCCGAUCGAUCGUGAUCACGACCUACGUCAGUCGUUUUCUGCGAGUGCUAAAUCCAUUGAAGAGAAGCCGUUCGAAAACCACGAUGAACCUGAGCGGCCAUUUCCCGUGAGGUUUGGAAUUCCAACCACAAAUUCUAAUAUACUUGCAGAAUCCUUUUCACCCACCUUACCAAGCCUCGAGCCCUUUACUCUACCUGCAUCCUUUGAUUCCGAAGAGGCCGGGCCAUCCAGAUCUACUCAUACAGUUGACCUAUCAUCCCAUGCUCCCUUGAAUAAUAUAGUAGAUCACUCCUCUCUACAACAAGAAGCGGUUCAAUACUCUUCAAGCCCCUCAACUACCACUGAACCGCCCGCUUCAGAACUUGACAGCAACGAGCAUAAUCCAUUCCCAAUUGCGGAAGUUGAGCCUUUGAUAUCUCCACCUCAGCAACCACCUCCUAUAGAAGCAGUAGAUCCUCUUCAUGAAAAUCUGCUUGAUCGGGCCUCGAAUUGGUUUUGGGGUGGGGUGCCCCUUCCUCAGCGAGGAGAAGGUGACGACCAAGCAGAAGAGGACGAUGCCGGCCAUGUCAUUGAUCAACCCGCGCAAGAGGUUCCAUUCGAUGCUGCACCAGACGGACAUCGUCAUUUUCAUGACCCAAUGGACCAACCUGGAUUUGCUGAUGGCCCACUUGCUCCAGUCGACCCCGACGAUGUUGAUGCUGUGGACGACGCUGAUGAUCUGGAAGGUAUCUUGGAACUUAUCGGUAUGCAGGGUCCUAUCGUCGGCUUACUACAAAAUGGGGUGUUCAGCGCGUUGCUCGUAUCAUUCACAGUUGCUGUUGGGAUUUGGCUGCCGUACCUAUGGGGUAAAAUCGCACUGGUUCUUUUAACGAAUCCGAUACGGCUGUUUAUUGGCGUGCCAAUUGCAAUUGUGUCUCUCGUUGCUGACAUCACCGUCGACACACUACUCGGCAGCUUGGGAUAUGUUGUAUACUUGGCGAACGUUCUGCUCCGUUACAUCCUCGUCACAUUUGGACGAUUCAUCCCUUUUCUCACAAAAUUUUCGGCAAGUAAUGCUAUUACAGCUGCUUCGCUAUCUAUGAUCGACGGUAGCAGCCAGCGCCUUAAAGGUGUUCUCGGGGCAUUCUUCACAUUCCACGAAUCGGACUUGCCCAUGUUCUCCGUUUUAUCUCACCAAGCCUUGAGGAUCCACCAAGGGCGAGUCGCAACGGUUUUCAACUUUGUAAUGAACGUUGGGAAGACAAUUCUCUACGACGUCCCAUUACUUCUCCUCGAACAGGAUUCCUUGCAACGACUCAUCACAUCCAUACUUCCUCUUGAACCUAUGAAAUUAUUGAACGCAGCUGCUGUCGCUGUUGUGACCGUUGGAAAGUCUGCACUCUUCUUUUUGGAGAAAGAAAAUUGGCCCAGCUUAAAGGUCGGUGGAGUCGAGCCAAAAGUUUCAUUGUCAUUGAACCAUGAGUUGGCACAAUGGGACACUAAGGAUCGAAUCAUAGCAAUUAUAGUUGGGUAUUGCUUUGCCUCGCUUCUUGGGGUGGUUUAUCUCCAAUUUUCUUCUCUGUUUUCCAGGCCACGUCAAGAGAAUCGGGCAGAAGGGACGGUGGCUGAUGUUUUGCAACAAGCUGGUGGAGUAAUGAAGGUGAUCAUCAUCAUUGGUAUCGAAAUGAUUGUGUUCCCACUAUAUUGUGGCAUUCUGCUCGACAUUGCCCUUCUUCCACUUUUCCGCGGUGCAACAUUAGCUUCACGAACUGCAUUCAUGCUGGAUUCGCCGUUCACCUCUCUAUUCGUCCAUUGGUUCAUCGGGACUUGUUACAUGUUCCAUUUUGCCCUUUUCGUGUCCAUGUGUCGAAAGAUUAUGCGGAAUGGCGUCCUAUAUUUCAUCCGUGAUCCCGACGAUCCUACAUUCCACCCCGUACGCGAUGUUCUUGAGCGCAAUAUCACUACCCAGUUGCGUAAAAUCGCUUUCAGCGCAUUUGUGUACGGUGGUCUUGUUAUCGUUUGCCUCGGCGGUGUUGUUUGGGGCUUAUCCUUGACUUUCCGUGAAGUACUCCCGAUACACUGGUCGUCCAAUGAGCCCGUUUUGGAAUUCCCGGUUGAUCUACUUUUCUACAAUUUUGUAAUGCCGUUGGCGAUUCGUUCUAUCCGCCCAUCAGAUGGCUUGCAUAAAAUGUACGACUGGUGGUUUCAUAAGUGUGCGCGCAAAUUGAGGCUGACGCACUUCCUGUUUGGAGAACGGCGUCAGGACGAGGAAGGCCGACGGGCAUAUCCAACAUGGCGUGACUGGAUUUUCCGCAGUCGGGAUACCCUGGAAGAUGAAAGCAGUAGUAAAUAUUUUCUACGAGAUGGCAAGUUUGUGCGAGCCCCAGGAUCGGAUCAGGUUCGAAUUCCCAAGGGCAGGUCUGUUUUCUUGGAAGUUGACGAAAAUAAUGAGCGUAUUGAUGGCAACGAGGAUCACGAGGAUGGCCUUCAUGGGAAGUCUAACAGUAUGUUCGCUCACGUCUAUGUCCCGCCAACGUUCAAGAUCAGGAUCGCGACAUUUAUUUUCAUGAUAUGGGUUUUCGCUGCGGUAACUGGGCUUGGGUGCACCAUAGUGCCUCUGGCCAUCGGGCGACGGAUGAUUUCUUCACUCUUCCCUAGCCAUGUUCCUGUGAACGACAUCUAUGCCUUUUCUGCUGGCAUAUAUGUGGUAGGUGGAGCCUUCUAUGCGCUCGUGUACUGUCGUCGCCACGGCCUACCGGCGCUCAAUCAACGUCUGCAACCAUACCUUGCGUCCCCGAGACAAGCAUUCCCACACACAUACAACAUCCUUGUGAAACUCCUCAGUCUUCUGUAUAUUGGAGCGGCGUAUGCUCUAUUCCUCCCUUCCCUUUUCGCCUUAAUUACCGAGCUCUACAUUCUGAUUCCUCUGCACACCUACAUUGGCAGUGGCGAAGUCCACGUCAUCCACUUCGUUCAAGACUGGACGCUCGGCGUGCUAUACGUGCGCAUGGCCGUCAGACUUAUAUUAUGGUAUCGCGGCUCUCGCCCAGCCAAUGCCCUCAACGCCGUCCUACGCAACGGCUGGAUGGAUCCGGACAUUCAACUGGCUACCCGCGCAUUUAUUGUUCCUGCUACAUUGGUUGCCUGUGUUGCUGUGUUAGGGCCCUUGCCAAUAGGAGCUGUUCUAAAUUCCACGAUCUUCCGCGAUUCGCCGGCCAUGGUGCACUCCGAAGUAUACCGCUACUGUUUCCCUGCGACGUUAAUGGGGGUGCUUCUCCUUUGGGCUCUACGCCUGGCUCGAAACCAAAUCGCCAUAUGGAGGGCGAGUAUUCGUGAUGACGUGUAUUUGAUUGGAGAGCGACUUCAUAACUUCGGAGAGAAGAGGGCCAAGGACGUUGGUGUAACGCGGCGGAUGAUUACUUCAUGAUACGACUGUGUUCCCUCUUCUAGCGGGUGAAGACUAAUUGAUUUUCUCUACAAUAACCAAAAAAUAUGUUCCAUUUGAUGCCUAUCCUUUCCUAUACUAUGUACAUUACUCUUUUCUGUCUUCGUAAAUAAGUCGAUUCGCAGCGAGUUCAGCUGCGGAGGAAAUAUAACUCGUUUGCCUUG